AUGGGGUUUGCUAGUGAUUGGAUAAGGCUGAUUAUGAGCUGCUUGCGUACUAAUAGCUUCUCCUUUAUCUUAAAUGGUGAGGUCACGAGAUCACUCCUUCCAUCAAGAGGACUCCGUCAAGGUUGUCCACUAUCGCCAUACUUGUUUCUAAUCUGUUCUGAGGCCUUGUCCAGAUUACUCCAACAUGAAGAAGAAGUUGGUCAUCUUAAUGGGUUUAAGUUAACAAGACAUGCUCCAUCCAUCUCUCAUUUGUUUUUCGCAGAUGAUAGCCUUCUUUUCUGUCAAGCAAAUGAGUCCUCUUGCCUUGCCAUUAAAAGAUCAUUGGAUUUCUAUCACAAAGCUUCGGGUCAAGUUCUCAAUUUAGACAAAUCAGUUAUGUCUUUCUCACCCAAUACAACACUGGCGGCUCAAGUUUUUUUCCAUCGACCUCUGAACAUGCCAAUCUGUGAAUGCCACGAAAGAUACCUUGGUUUGCCUUCCUACUUUGGGAGGGAUAAAAAGAGGAUGUUUAGUGAUAUUAAGGAGAAAAUAUGGCGACUAAUGCAUACUUGGAGUGAGAAUUUUUUUUUAGCUGGUGGUCGCAAGUGCUUCUUAAAGCGCCAACUUGAGUCUAUGAUGGCAAAUUUUUGGUGGGGCUUGAAUGAGAAUGGCAACAAGAUUCAUUGGCGCUCUUGGAAGCUUCUGUGUAAAAGGAAAGACAGUGGCGCAAGCUUGGAGAAACAACCAGACUCCUUACUUGCAAAGGUGCUGAAGAGUAGAUACUACCCAAAUAACAAUUUCCUUCAAGCUAACAUUGGUCACUCCCCCUCUUUUACUUGGCAAGGCAUCCAUUGGGGUAGAAGCCUUUUUGUUGCUGGUUUACGUUGGAAAAUUGGAGAAGGAUGUAGGAUAAAUUGUGCUGAUGACCCGUGGAUUCCAAGACAUUCCACCUUUCGGCCAUACCACUUCUCCGGACCACCUGAUACGACUGUCUCAAACUUAAUUGCAGAUGAAAGGCAAUGGGAUUUAGCACUCCUAAAUCAAUGGUUUUCCUCUCCAGAUGUAGAUCGUAUCUUAACUAUUCCACUGAGCUUUUUCCGUUAUGAAGAUACCCUUGCUUGGAACCCCUGCUCCUCUGGAAUAUAUUCGGUCCAAACAGGCUAUCACCUAGCUGCUUCCCUAGCAGAAACCGAUGACAGCUCAUGUUCUUCAACGUUUGCUUCAUGGUGGAACUUCUUAUGGUCACUGUCCUUGCCACAAAAGAUUAAGAUUUUCAUUUGGCGGGCCUUUAAUGAUGCUCUCCCUGUUGCAACAGCCCUUGUAAAGCGCAAGAUUAUCACAGAUUCAACUUGUUCCUUGUUCCAUCUGUCAACAAGCUUGGGAAACUGCUGGGCAUGCACUAUUCAGUUGCUUAUGCACAAAGGUGAUUAUUUGGUGCACUUUGGGCAAUCUGGACUGAACGGAACCGUGUGGUUCAUGUGCUCUUCUUCUGCACCAGAUCCCAACUCGCUCGCUGCAGCUACUACUGCUUCUUUGCCACAAAUUUCUCCUGCUGCACCAUUGAUGCCGUGGACUCCUCCUCCACUUGGAAUGCUGAAGAUGAAUGUCGAUGCGGCAGUAGAUAGCACACGAAAAAUUACUGGUAUUGGUGCUUUAAUUCGAAGUUCAAAUGGUGAGGUUGUAGCAGCCAUUUCAAAGCCGAUUCUUGGUUGUUAUGCAUCUCAUGAAAUGGAGGCAAUUGCUAUGUUUCACUGCUUAAACUGGGCCAUUCAACUUCAAUUGCUGGUCAGCCUUGUUGAGACGGAUGCCCUUCGAGUUUCAAAUGCUUUAUGCAAAUAUUCAUCAGCUAUUUCUUCUUUUCAAGAUUUAAUUGCUGAUAUCACUAGUCUUUUAUCUUUUUUUCUUAAUGUAAAUGUUUCUCAUGUCAAACGUUCAACAAAUAUGGCUGCGGACGGGUUGGCUAAGUUUGCUUUAGGGGUGGAUGAGGCUUGUUAUUGGUCAGAUUGUAUACCUCCGCCUAUAAACUCUGUUAUUAUAAAUGACUAUACCUUUUAA